UUGAUAAAAGACGAAAAUACCCCAGGUAGACUUUAAAAUGCGGCCGGUCGUCGUCUUCUCUAAUUGUUGCAGUUGCAGAGGGCGGGGAGAGAAACUAUUGAGGAGAGAGAGAGAGGAGAGAAGCCAUCAAGAAAAGAAGAGAGAAGAAGGAGGAGAAACCGCCAAUAAGCGAAGUUGGAGAAAGAAACCAUCAACGAAGAGAGAGAAAGGAGGAGAAACCAUCAAUAAGCGAAGUUGGAGAAAGAAACCAUCAACGAAGAGAGAGAAGCAGGUAGGAAACUUUCCUUGUUUCACAAGAUAGUGACGGUUACGUGCUCUGCAAAACCCUAAAUAGUCACGCGCACCCAAGGAAACAUCAAUCUAGCUACUCGCCGGAAAAUGGCCGGAAAUCAUCGCGGAAACCUUUUCAGUUGACUUUUGGCCGUAAGAGAAGCACGCAAACCCCCGUACCCAUGGCCGUAGAACCGAAGAAGAAGAUAAACCAAAGCCAGCUACAAUGGAAAACCUACGCCUCUAAACUCGUGGAAGCCCUAAGGCAUGUGAGGAAACGGAACGGAAAUUCCUCCAAAAUAUCGCCAAGCCGUCAGAUUCGAGAAACGGCAGAUCGGACGCUUGCCAUUGCUGCAAAGGGCCGUACUAGGUGGAGCCGAGCCAUUCUAGCGAGCCGCCGAUCAACCACGUUAAAGAAGGUCAAACGGGCCGGUUUGUAUCGGCUUCGGAAACCCGCUCAUACGAAACUGGUUCGGGCCACGAAGCGUUCAUCGGAAAACAAGACCCCGGCAAUAGAAAGAAGGGUUUUGGCUCUAGGUAGGUUGAUUCCCGGCGGCCGGAAAAUGGGUUUGCCGGUGCUUUUAGAGGAGGCCGGUGACUACAUAUCGGCGCUAGAGAUUCAAGUCAAAGCUAUGAGAGCUAUAGCUGAGUUGAUCGGCUCCGCGCAGCCGUCCGAUCGUCAAGAGAUGCAAUAAUUGGUUUGUUCUCUCUUUGCUCUUAGGUUUUUUUGGGCGGCCUUGACAAUGGUAUUAUAUCAUAUCGAAAUUCUUGUAUUUUAUUGUAUACAUCAUGUAUGUAUGUCACAUAUAUAAUUAAUGUCUCAUCAUUUAAUA